CUUGGUGGUUUCAUUUACACGGAAACAGCAACCUAAAGGGAGUUGCUGCUGCUCCUACACAAACAAAGAGCUCAGACACAUGACAGCAGCAGACCGAUGCAGGAUGAUGUCAGGAGGAAUCACGAGUUGCUGUGUGGCUCUGCUCCUGACCCUGACCUCCGUGUCAGCUGGAAAGAGGGCGCUCAAUUCAAUUAAUGAUCUGAAGUCAAUCGACUUUGGACAAACUGUGCCCAAGCACAGUCUCCUGUUGCUCCACUGGUUUGCCAAUGAAAUUGACAUUGACAAUAACAAUGUCAUCCUACUGACCUUUGACCCAGACAGUCGUGAAUUUGGCUCUCAUCACUAUGGAAACUACGAGAGGGUUUUAGACCCCCUACCGAGGGGGCAUCGUUACUACACCGUCGGUAACAUCAAUCAACCGACAUCGCUGCCACUACCAUAUUAUGUCAUCCACCCCCGGGCGGAGUAUGCAGCAAGAAACCGGGACCGGAUCAUAUUCAGGGUCAGGGAGCAGAAUGCGAGGCGGCAAGCUUCACAGAGGAUCGACCAAGUGUACAUCACCCAGCACUAUGAGACAUCUGAAAAUCAGGGCACAAGGUAUAACCCAGAACACACAUAUCAGGUCACUACCAACCUGUUGAUGGAGAUCAGAGAGUUUUCUGUGGAAGAAAAUGACAUGAGUUCACUGAUGUAUCUCAGAGAUCGCUUUGAAAGCAGCGCUGAUGAUUCCCAGCUAAGGCAGAUAAGAAACACGUGGGGUGACCUUGCUUGUCUCGGACUGUUUUUGUUUAUUGUAAUCCAGGAGAAGUAUUCCCCUCCCAAACGCAACAACAGACCUCAGCCUGCAGCAAGAAGGAACACACAACACGACUUUGUGGGCAAUAUCCCAGAAAACAGGCAAAAUGUCACCUGUGGGAUGUUUGUGAGUAUUCAAGUAGACCCUAAAGAUGACAUAAUACUCAAGGUGACAACAGGCAAAGGUGGGAAAGCCAGAAUUAUUUGGAGCAAUGUUCCUAGUGAUUUUCUUAAUCGAGGUGUGAUGGUAGCACUUUACAAGAAUGAUCAGGAAGAGGAAGCCCUGACUUAUAAAUCUAUUGGGAACAGAGAGUCAGGCAGUUAUGAUACAUCAGUACCCCUGAAUGAAGGCCUUCAGGUACGGCUGCAUGAGGUGAGGAAACUAUGUUGCUUCUGGAAAUCAAUCGGAGAGGAGAUAGACAGAAGCAGUGAGUUUAGAAAUCCCAAAGCUGUCAAUAUAACAGGUUACGAUGCAAACCUGCAACUCUUUGCAAAAGACGGCAAAGCUUGUGCUCGCUUAAUAGUGAAUACGUCUUUCUAUAAUUGGGGGUCCGAAUUCAAAAAAUCAUGGGUGGGCUUCUACAGCUCUGACGAUAAAGCCACAAAAAACUAUGAAUGGUGGCAAUGGCAAUGGGCAACGAAAUUCAAAGAAAACACAGAUUUUCAGGACCUGUUUUAUGAUGUAUACGAGUACGAGUCAGGCAUGACAAUCACUCCAGGAGUCCAAAUACGCUUCAUACUGCAAGAUGAGAUAGAGAAGGCAAGAACCCCUGCCUGGGGGGAAUGAAGAUAUUUAAACAAAAACAAAACAAAAUAU